CACUCAGGCACCCUCACCCACUCCCUGAAGCUUACUGAAGCAGAGCCUCUCGAGUUAACGGCCGACGACAGUAAACAAACAUCUCGCUGUGCGACGCCGUCAGCGCGAUUCACAAACAUGACCGAAAUCGUAAUGAGCCAGACACCACCGAUUCUGCAUGGCCCUUCAGAAAAGGAACGGAAAUAUGAUCGUCAGCUUCGCCUAUGGGCUGCCAGUGGCCAAGCUGCCCUCGAGUCAGCUAAUAUCUUGCUGGUGAACUCUGGCCCUGGCACAGUGGGUGUUGAGACUUUGAAGAACCUGGUAUUGCCAGGAAUUGGUCGCUUUGCCAUUUAUGAUGAAGCUAGGGUCGAGGAAGCAGACUUGGGCGUCAACUUCUUUCUGGAUGAGGACAGCCUGGGAAAGCCGAGGUCAGAGAGUCUCACAGGACAUCUGUUGGAGCUGAACCCAGAGGUCCAGGGUGACUGGUAUCCGAAUGAGAAUGUCAAGACUUUAGACUCCCUCCUCACGAGUUCCCCCGUCUUCACAACCAUCAUAUAUACACACCCCAUCACACCAGAGAACCUCUCGCUUCUGGAAUCACAUGGGCAACAACACCAAACCCCGCUGGUGGCGAUACACUCCGCUGGCUUCUACUCUUACUUCCGCAUCAACCUCCCAGGAGCUUUCCCCAUCGUCGAUACACAUCCAGACGAGACAGCCACGACAGACCUUCGCCUCCUCGCCCCAUGGCCUGAGUUGGCUGUGUUCGCGGAGGAGCUAGCGAAGAACAUUGAUGAUCUGUCUGACUUCGAGCAUGGUCACCUGCCUUAUGUCGUGAUAUUGCUCCACUAUCUUGAGAGAUGGAAAGCGGAGCAUGAUGGCAGCUACCCCUCAACCUACAAGGAGAAGACCGAGUUUCGUCGGAUAGUCCAGGGCGCAGCGAGGACCCAGAAUGCCGAGGGUGGCGAAGAGAACUUUGAUGAAGCGGCUGCUGCCGUGCUCAAGACCCUUGUGGUGCCAUCACUACCGUCGGGGUUGAAGGAGAUCUUCGAAUACGAGCGCACAAACCCAGCGGAGCAAAAGUCCGGGUUCUGGGUGAUCGCCGACGCGGUCAAGGCCUUCUACGAGAAGCACAAGUGCUUACCCCUCCCGGGGAAAGUGCCUGACAUGAAGGCCCAGUCCAAUGUGUACAUUCAGCUCCAGAAUAUCUACAAGGCAAAGGCACGCAAGGAUGCUGCUGAGAUCUUGGAAACCGUCCAAGCUACGGCCGGUGGCCAGACCAUCGAUCCCGCAGAAGUGGACCUCUUCUGCAAGAACGCAGCCUUUGUCAAGCUCAUCAACGCAACGACGGGGAAGAUCAGCAGGGCAGAUCGCUUGAAGGAGGUAGCAGCUCAAGAGUUUCGCAACGACGAGCAAGCCGAAAUGACCCUCCAGCCACUCUCGCUUCUCCCCAUUUAUCUCGCCAUGCAGGCAACAGCCCACCAAGUUGAGACAGAAGACGGCCGCGGCUGGCCUAGACAAGAGGAGGUGUUGGCAAGGGUAGCCAAGAUGGUGCCCGGGGCAGACGAGAACGAGAGGGUUUGCCAGGCGGUGGGGGAGGUGGCUCGCGCCGAGGGGGGCGAGCUGCACAAUGUUGCUGCGCUGACGGGGGGGAUGGUGGCGCAGGAGAUGAUCAAGAUCAUUACUAAGCAGUAUAUCCCUAUUGAUAAUACUUGCUUAUUUGACGGCAUUAGCAGCCGAUGCCAGAUCCUUCGCCUAUAGGGUAUCGGGGAAGGAGGGCGGGAUGUAUUAUGGGGAGCAGGGGAUCAGCAACAGGUGAUCGUGGAGGUGGAUCAACAGCAGGAGAUUGAAGGGGUAGUGGUGGUAAUGGAUGGUGAUGAUGAUGGGGUGAUGGUGAAAGAGGCAAGAGGGAAGAAGAGAAGGGGGGGUGAGCUGGGGCUUGUGGAUAUGGGUAGGGAAAGGGAAGCGCCGGCGUUGCGGCUGGGGACAAAACUGGAGGAGAAGGAGCCUGAAAGGGGUGCUAGCCGGCCUGGGCUUGCUGGGCUCGCCAGUAGGGAACUCAAGGGAGAGGCCUGCUUCUUGUGUGAGGAGGAUGAGGAGGAGAAGACAUGAUCGGAUCUGGGCUUCCCUUUCCUGCUUGGUGAGGUGCUGGAUACGGGGAGUGAAGGGCAGGCUGAGAAUAGAAAUCAAGGGAAACGAGGGGAAGGAAGGGUGUAUCUGCCGUCAUCAUAGAGUACUCUAUAGAAUGGGGAGAACAGAACUAAAAACGUCAGGGACCCUCAUAUGGUGGCCAGGACAAGAAAUUAUUGUGGUAUCUUGAUAAGGGAGUGGUUGGCUGAUAGAUGGAUGAUAAGCAGCAGCAGUUUCAACGAUCGUGUUUGGCCAUGAGCUGUUUGCAUCAUCGCAUGUCUGAUCUGUAAGUGCCCGUCAGCCAGUCAGUCGGGUUCGUCACCCAGUUAGAAUCUCACAUUUGUUUUCGUCUUUGGAUCAGGCUGAUAUCACACAAAACGACAAUGACGACGCGGUUGGUGUGUUGCGUGUGUGUUUCAUUGGAGGUUUCUCUUCGGCAUUGAAGGGUAGCUGUUCCGAUGGAAUAUCCCGCUUGGCUAGAUACCAAGACCCCGUAGCUACGCUUUUCUUCCAUUCGUUCUAUUCCGUUUUGGUACUUGGUGUUUGGGGUCAUGUUGGGG